UGUCAGCGGGGACAACAAUACCUUACGCAUAACUAAUAGCCACAGAACCCAGCGAGGGCCGUUCUACAAUAGCAAACAGAACAUUCUCAAAGCAGCCUCGUCCAGAAGCCAGCCGUUCGCUGGACAGUGGAACUGAAACUGCGGAAAUGUUUUUUUGAGAUUUUGUUGGUAUUUUUAUUUAAUACAUUUUAAAGAGUUAAGCUCGCUAUUCAAGCGUUGCUAUAAYAGUUAGACUUCAACUAAAAGGGAAUCAUACUAAACCAUGAACCAGACGAGGAUUUUUCAGCUUUUUCUAUUGGUGGUCAUAUCUUCAGUGUUGGGCAGAGCCUCUGAGCUGGCCUUCCUGAAGGAGCCCAAUGAUGUCAUCGCCGUGCGUGAUCGGCCCCUGAUGCUGGACUGCCAGGUGGAAGGGGAGGGGCCUAUCUCUGUGAUGUGGCGGCGCAACGGAGUGYCCGUUCCCACCGGGCCGAAGGCUAGCGUGUUGACCAACGGAACUCUCCUGAUCAAGAGCUUCCAGAAGAGGARAGAGAGCAAYGAGACGGACGCUGGGGAGUAUGACUGUGCUGCUCAGAACCACUAUGGCAUGUUGAUCAGCCGCAAGGCCAGGGUUCAGCUGGCAUCUCUACCUAAGUUCCACAUACACCCAGAGUCCAUGUCGGUGGAUGAGGGUGGCGUUGCCAGACUGACCUGCCAGGUGAACGGAAUCCCAGAGGCCAGCAUCUCCUGGGAGAAAAACAGAACCGCUGUGAAUACUGAUGAUAACAGGUACACCAUCCUACCCACAGGGAUCCUGCAGAUAACCGGUGUAAUGCGGGCUGACAGUGGUGUGUAUCGCUGCGUAGCCACCAACAUCGCUAACACUCGCUACAGCCACGAGGCCCAGCUCAAUGUCACUGUGGCAGCUCCACGGAUCUACAAGGAGCCAGUGAUUCUGUCGGGUCCUCAGAACCUGACCAUCACUGUGCACCAGACUGCCAUCUUGGAGUGCAUCGCCACUGGCAACCCUCGACCCAUCGUGUCCUGGAGUCGGCUGGACGGGCGCUCCAUCGGGGUGGAGGGUAUCCAGGUACUGGGUACGGGGAACCUGAUGAUCUCAGAUGCCAACCUGCAACACUCUGGGGUGUACGUGUGCUCUGCCAACCGCCCUGGCACCAGGAUGAGGCGUACCGCGCUGGGCAGACUGGUGGUGCAGGCUCCUCCUGAGUUUUUGCAGUGGCCACAGUCUGUCUCCAGACCAGCAGGGAGCAGUGCAGUGUUCACGUGUAUGGCCCAGGGAGUUCCCGAGCCUCACCUCAUCUGGCUGAAGAACGGCAAAAUCCUGACGCCUGGUGACAACGUCAAGCUCACCAACAAUAACAGUACGCUGGCGGUAACGCGCAUCACCACGGAAGACGAGGCCAUCUACCAGUGUAUUGCUGAGAACAGUGCUGGCACCAACCAGGCCAGUGCCCGCCUGGCCCUCACCCAGUCCACGGAGUUGCCYGAGGCCCCYCAGGACCUGACUGCCACRGCCCUGUCCCCCACCACCCUACAGCUCACCUGGGUCCAGCCCGCUCCAGAGGUCACCGACGGCAUAAUCGGAUAUGUGCUGCACAUCCGCAUGUUGGGCGAGCCAGACAGCAGAGAGCUGCAGGAGGCUGUCAGUAAGACCACCUUCCAGCAUGACUUCACCACCCUGGAGCCUGCCACCACCUACUCCAUCUACCUCAAGGCCUACUCCCCUCUGGGAGCCAGCCAGCAGUCCAGCACUGUGGUGGCUACAACACUAGGGGGCGUACCCAGUUCUCCCAGUUUCUUCACCAAGGUGCUGAACAAGACGGCCAUGCAGGUGUUCUGGGAGCUGCCCAGUAAGUCGGGCAAGGUAGAGGGCUUCAAGCUGUCCUWCCGCGAGGUCCCCCAGCCCAACUUCCAGGGGCARGAAGCSUUUCCCGGUCACAUCAACACCCACACCAUCUCCCAUCUAGAACCCGCUGCUGUGUAUGAGAUCCAACUGGUGGCCUACAACGGCAAUGGAGACGGUGCUGCCAACAAGCGUCUGGUUUCACUGGCUGAGAGUGGUACCAGCGCCAAGACUAGCUCCGGUGGGCAGAGCCCAUGUAACUGCAAGCAGGAUGACGAGGGGUCCAUGACUGGCAUUGUGGUGGGAAUCCACACUGGCAUGGCAUGCAUCCUCUUCUGUGUUCUGUUCCUCAUGUUUGGCUACCGCCACAGCUUCUUCUGCAGGAAAGGGACCCAAGAUGGCUGGUCAGGGCCCCGAGGAGAAGACAGGAACCAGCGGGCUAGCCCACCAAAAGAGGGGGUGAUCCGCAUGCCCGAGGUCAUUGAAUUAGUGCCACAGAGAUGUGACUCUAUCACUGCUCCAGUGAUGGUUGUUAAGGGUCAAGCCCCCCCAGCGCAGUGCCAAGUCCUCAUCGAGCAGCCCCCACCAUGCCAGCCUGGCACAGGCACCGGCUAAAGCACCCAAACACCACUCCACUUACCUCCCCCAACCCCAGUYCCCUUAGCCUGAGAARUGAAUGGCUGKUUUAUGGUUCCUCCACCUCACCUGCCCACCAACGCCUUAGCCAUAGUCUGCCUAUUGCAGCGUCCAGCCGUAGUUCUAGCAGUGAAUGAGAGAGAGAGAUUGAGAAUGAAACUGAGAGUAAGAGAUGAUGUGUUGAGAACUUCUGUUGAAUGUGCAAUACCACAAAGGAAAAAAGGUAUUUUAUAAUAGCUUCAAGUAAAAGUAGUACCAAUGUAGUCAUGAGUUACUAUUGAGAUGUUAACCCCAUUUCUGUCUUGUGUCUUUUACACCAAAGCUGAAAGCCUUAUUUUAACAUUUUAUUUUUAGUUCCAUGRAAAUGUAUUGAUAGCCAUAGAGGAAAUGGGCACASACCAUUUAUUAUUCAAAAUGACUCAUUAGGUAAAAUGCUGCUGGCUCAUCUCUGAAGAKAACUGCAAUAUUACUAUAUUCCUUAUAUUUUCUAUGUGGUAUUGGACAUUGUGCAUCUUCUUAAAACCAAAACCCAKAAAUAACUUAAUUUUAUGUAAUUUUAAGUUAAUGGCCAAUGGUGCCAUUUUCAGGUUCUGAUAGAUAAACUGAGGCCUUUUACCAGUUUGAACAGUGAACGUGGCUCUCAGAUGAUUAGAUGUUGAGUUUGAGUCAAUGGAUGAGAUAGAAAGUCUAUUAGUCUUAUAUUGAGGCCAGUACCAAAGUGAUUUCUCUGUUCAGCUUGUGAWACAGUAGAUAUAGUGAAUGUUUUCAGUCGAUAGGUGUUCUCUGGUUAGCUCCACAAGAUUGUACCUCAGGGCUACGUAACGUGGUCAGCUUUAGCCUUGCCGAACCUGACUGAGUUGAUUGUUUGUCUCACCGUGUUAGCCUUGAGGCGGUCCGGUGUCGAGGGAUCACAGAUUCAGCCAUUUUUGUUCAACCCCCUAUCCCAAACUCUUUGUUAACUUUCUGCUCCCCCACCAAAACGUUUUACCUCCAAAGAUAGCUACCUCAGCCUGACGAGAACGUCAGAGCUAUCAAGGUAACCAUUUUGCCUGUCGUGCUGCUGGUCAAGCAUACCUACCUCAACCAAAAGGGUACUUCUGUGCCCCCUUUUCCUUUUCUUUUUGGGUGCCAAUGCCAGUCCUGUGCCAGCUGCCACUCCUUGUGUUCAGAGGGUGGUACACUCUUUCUAUUCCUUCCUGUCAAGAAAAGCAGGAGACCUUGGAUUGUGAUUGAAUGUCACUAGGCCCCUCUUCUACCCAGAAUGUAACUGGUUGGAUCUGUGGGUUUGCCAGUUCUCUUAUGUUGUUUGACAUUGUAUGAUUCCUGAUCGCCUAUUCUCUGCAAGAAUCGCCUGCCAGCUUCUAACCCUACGAUUGGGACUCAACACCUUGUCCAAACCCUGAACGUCUGCCUUAAUUUAAAGCGGUUCAUUCAGAGUUGGCUCACUUCAGCUACUGACAUGCAGUAUGGAAGCACAUGGCUAUGAUUCAAGUACAUAUUCUACCUCAGACUCAGCAGCUUCACAAACGGGUGAUGGAGAGACAACCAUCAUUGAUGAUGUCACAUCAAGCUGUCUCGGAGUCCAGCGGUGGAGCACUACAAGAACCACAGACAUGUCUCCUCAGUCAAACAGGGAAAGCGAGAUGAAUGUCUCUUUAUUAAGGCACCACCUGCUGCUGCCAAACACCAUCUCGUCUUGCUGGAGGAAGACAUGACUCAGAAACGUGCAACAGGAAACAAAGUUGGAAGCCUGACAGAAAGUGAGCGAUAAAUAUGAAYGCACAGCAUUUUUUCAACUUUGAACAUUGCAUGAAAGUAUGGACAUUAAGGAAUAUAUAGCCCAAGUUUCACCAUUCUGUUAUGGAUGAAUUUGCUGACUUUUUUGCCCUUUCCUGCAGAAUUCCAAAAUGUAAUUAGAAAUGUAUAUUGUUGCUGAGACGGCCAUUUUCAGGAAGCUUUCUGUCACCWACUAAAGGUGAUUGGUUUGCAGUGCCUCAAAUACCGUUGUUGUCAUGGGAACCUUCUGUUCAGCAGACCAUGGUUAACUUUCUUGAGUGACUAAUUUGUYUUGUAUUUUGUCUUCAUGUCUAUUCAUAUUCAAUUCUUACUUCACACUUACCGCACAAAUGACACUAGCUUUUACCGUAGAUCGCUGUUUCAACAAAACUUUCCAAAUAUUCUAUGAAAACCAAGUCGAACGAUAUCCAAAGAUGWAUGAUUGUUACGGUUUUCAGUCUUCCUCAAUUAACCUUUUCGUAAAAAAAGUUUUUUCAGUUGGGUUCCUGUUUUAAGGGGCUGCCAUUAGCCAAUGAUGAGACAAACUAAGAAACACACAAGCAGCUUACAUAAACAGCUUACAUAAACCAAAAAAACAAAUUACAAAGAUAAUUCAAGAAACCACCUGUAACACUGUAAAAUGUUCACAGGUUGUUUUCCAUGUAUCUCACUGGCAGACCACUUGAGGCAUGGUAUUCCACAUAUUUUCAGUUUCCAAAAAUGGGAUAUUUUCAUAUUGUUACAAGAAGGAUGGAGUUGAAAUUGCCAAAUAACUGUCCUUUGAAUUAUAGAAAUACUUUGACCAAUACUAUGACCAAUACUAUUACCAUAUUCUAACAUUUUAUGUUCCAUUUAUUAAUGACCUAACAACAGGAAUAUCCGUGUUGUGAUAGAGCACCGCCUUUCCCCUUUUUGUAACUACUGAAUAAAAUUUCAGUCAAUUUGCUGGAGAUACUCAGGAAAGUUUCCAUCAAGCAUAAGAGGAUUCCAUUUAAGUAAAUUUGUUUUCAGAUCCUCCAAAUUAAUUGUGUUGUAACUGUUUGAAUGGAUGUGAAAAACUUAGCCUUACUACAAGUUUAUGUCUCUGUUKUGUGUGGAGGUCCAUCUUUCAUUGCCAGUUUCUGAAUCUAGUAUUCUGUGCAGAAUUGGAUUAGCUACUGCCACAUACCCUAACAAAGGCACAUAGUGCCACUGUCCUCAAGGUUUUAGAUCAACUGUUUACUCCAGGUAUCACUGAUACCUUCCUUUUUUUUACUGUGAAUACCUUAUCUACCAUUUUUUAUUGUGAUACCAAAAGGAAAAAAUUAAAAACAUUAUGGUCAAUAUUUUAUUAUUUGAAUAACAAGACAUAAGUUGACCCAAUAUUUCUUUGAACAAAACAAAAGAUUAUGAAAAAAAUAUGAUAUGCUUUUCUUUUUAUAGAACAUUUCUUCUUCAUUCAUUUGAUAAAUGUUCCCUCUCAAGGCUGUCCUGCUGUGUAUGGGAAAUCUGGCCAAAAUGAAGACGUUCCUUUUUAAAAUGUUAUUAUUGUUAUUAAUAUUGUAAUUAUUGCCAUUUUUGGAUUCACUCCCUUUCAUUUUGAUUUUCAUAUUGGUUGGCUCUUUUUGUUUCUGUUUUAUUUGUAGUUGAAUGAUGUGRAAAUGUUUGCUAGAAAUGUGAGAAUUCUAAAUAGAACGGUGUGUUGUCAGCAAAAGGUAGUGUAAAAAACGGUAUUUUGACAUUGAAGGAAGGAUACCUCAAACUGUCUUGUAUUCUCCAAAUGGAUAUUUCCUCUCUUAACUACUUYAGCAGCAGCUCAGCAACAACCAUGUUAAGUUAAUUUGCAAAGAUGGACACUUGCCAUACUAAAGUAAGCCAUAUAGGAGUUUUCCUAAGCCAUAAUUUACACUACUGUUGUGUAUUACAGUCCAUACUUUGAUAUCAGGUUACUGAAUUGUAACCUAUCAACUGAGUACAGUAUUUCUUGAUGCCAGACGCACAACCUACCUGUUGCUAAACAUUUACACGUACUAGAAAACACCUGAAAUGUGGAGAAGUAGUGAAUGAAUGCUAGAACCAAUGAAAAAAUAAAUGCUUUAAUGUUCAUACUUUUCUUUUCUCAAAUGUUUUUCUUUGUGUGUUUCAUAAGAACCCCCCCAAAGCUUUAAACUGCUUUUAAACUAGUUACAGACCAGAUGAAAGAGAGGAAGACGUGUAUGUGUACCAUUAUACCGUAACUAGAGACAUAAAAAGAAUUACUGUACAAAUGGAUCUUUGUUUGGUUAUUAAUUGAAUUGAACUAACGCAGAGUAAGAUCACAUUGUAGUUGUUUUUGUCCCCGACUUUUAAACCAUAGGUCUCUGGUUGACAUGACUGUUUGAAUAUGUCAGCUGUUUCUUUAAGUUUCUCCUUCUUUCAAAUGAAAUGACACCUGUAAAGCAAAUAAAACCAGGAUCAUUAUGUAGA